CGCAGGUUCGCCAAACCACAAGUCUGGGGUCAAUCAAUUCUGUAGUCGAUCUCCGACUCGAACCUUUUUGCUGGCGGCACGCUUCGGCAAGAUCCACAGACCUGAGGCGACGUUAUACUCGUCGCGAGGGCCCCCCUCCAGGAAGGAACGAAUAAAGUCCGUGGCAUGACAGCGUGCAGGAAAGUAACUUGGACAAGCUGCAAAAGCCUGCACCAAUAAGAACAAUGAACACCUCGAAAGGCUGACUGGCUCCAAGGAGCUCGAGUGCGCCCGCAGAGGGAGAGAGAGAGAGAGAACAAAAAAAAAAAAAACAGAGAGAGAGAGAGAGAGAGAAACGCCCCUCGGGAACCACGUCGCCGUCGCCCUGAUCCGAAGCGAGCGUUUGCUCGAGAUCGAAGGCGGGCGCCGUGUUCUGCAAGUGAACGUAAGCCCGAUGCCCCCCCCCUCCCCAAAGGCUCGCUGAGCUGUGCCCUGGCGCCCGCCGUGUGGAGGAGCGAAAGGAACUGGAAAGGCAACAGCCAACGAAGCCAAAGGCAGCAAGCGGCUGCACGAGGCGACUGCUGCGGCACUCUGAGGGCCCAGGCGAUCCGUAAUGAGACGCGCCAAAUGCUGCGCUGCAGGAAGCCGGCAAAAGCUGGAGUAGGUGGAUCGCACGCCGUACUAUCCGACUGGCGAAGUUGCAAUCCCUCCAGAGCAACCAGAAGCGCAGCACAAAAAACAUCAAACAUCACUGAGAGCAUGAAGGCGGAAGAACUGAAGGGAAGGAAGGAGAAGUCUGGGGAUGGGGGGCCCAAGCGAUGUGCGAGGGGGCGCGCCAGAGGCCGCGCGGAGGGGGACGCGCAGAGGGCUUCGGGAUGUAUCGCUGCGCUGCAGGAAGGCGCGCCGAUGGAUCCGCGCCGUACGAUCCGACUGGCGAAGAUGCAAUCCCUCCAGGGCAACCAGAAGCGCAGCACAGAGAACGUCAGAAAUCACUAAGAGCAUGCAGGCGGAAGAAAUGAAGGGAGUAAGGUUCGGAUGGGGGGCCCAAGGGACGUGCGAGGGGGCGCGCCAGAGGACGCGUAGAGGGCUUCGGGAUGUCCAAAGGCAGCUAAUUCCAGAUCU